UACAACGAUAGUUGCAGCAGCAGUGCAUGCUAAACAAAACUGGCCGGUCGGAUAAAUUGAUUUACAAAUUAGUUAAUAUUGAAUUCGAAUAUUAAAAAAAUGGAAUCGAAUAUUAAAAUAUGUUGCAUAACUCAAACGGAUGGCCCGAGGGUCUACGAUUUCUUGAAAUCAUAUUUUUUCCCAGACGAGCCAUUGUCGACAUGUCAUCGACCAGACGAGAAGCGGGGAUUCGGAGAAGAGGUUCUAAGUUCCUUAAUUGAAAGCGGCCUUUGUUUAAAGGCAAUUGUGGAGGAAACCCAAGAAUUGGUUGGAGUGGUUCUAAACGAUGCCGAGGAUCCUCUAAAGGAGGAGGAAGAAGAGCUUUGCAAUGAUGAAGUCACAACACAUGACACAACGGGAGAUAAAAUUCAUAAAUUCCUAACCAAAAUACAACGUGAGGCUGAUCUGUUCAAACGCUACAACAUUCAAAAAUUAUUACACCUCAUUAUUGUAACGGUGAAAAGUGAGUGGAGAGGGAGGGGUAUUGCAUCUCGCCUCAGUAAAGCAGUCAUGGAUUUGGGCAAAGAAAAGGGAUUUGAAUUAAUUACAGCCGAGUGCACAAGUUUCUACACAGCAAAAAUGUUUCAGCAUAUGGGUUGGGAUAUAGUCCACAGUGUCAGAUAUAAGGAUUAUUUGGAUGGAAAUGGACAACCAGUAUUUCAACCACUAGCACCACAUGAUGCUUGCAGAGUAUAUGCUACUCGGCUGUAGAAUUGGAAUUAAAUUUGUUUAAGUGGAAAUUAAUAAAAAGUU